AAAUACAUAUAUUUUCAAUCUACUGGUAUCUGUGUUAAUGUCAGAUACAGAUAUAUCUCAAAACGAAUACGCACCCGUAGCAUACAUGAGCUGCCUAAAGUGGAUCGCGAACCUGCCGUUAUUUUUUCGACCGUUAGGAGCUUACGUAGCUAAACUGGAAUUUUGAAUUUGAGAGGAACUAUCUUGAUAUCGUGUCAUCUUUGGUCACGUGGUUGAGUUUUGCUGCUGUAGUCACCUGAUCGGUUAUGUUGUUGCUGAUAGAGAAACAUGGCUGCCCACCUAUCGUACGGUAGAGUCAAUUUAAACAUUUUGAGAGAAGUAGCACGAAAAGACCUUCGAGAGUUUUUGGACAAAUGUGCGGGAAGCAAGGCCAUCGUUUGGGAUGAAUACCUGACGGGACCUUUUGGAUUGAUAGCACAGUACUCUCUACUGAAGGAACAUGAAGUGGAGAAGAUGUUCACCCUCAAGAGUGGCAGGCUCCCCCCCGCUGACGUCAAAAAUAUCAUUUUCUUUAUUCGUCCAAGACUGGAGCUCAUGGACAUCAUUGCUGAGAAUGUAUUGAGUGAGGCCAAGAUGCAGUCGUCACGAGACUUCCACAUUUUGUUUGUGCCUCGGCGGAGCAUGCUGUGUGAACAGCGGCUGAAGGAGCAGGGUGUGUUGGCCUCCUUCAUCAACAUUGACGAGUAUAUCCUGGACCUGAUCCCCUAUGAUGGCGACCUGCUCUCCAUGGAGUAUGAAAGUGCUUUCAGGGAGUGCUACCUAGAAAAUGACCAAACAAGUCUUUACCACACAGCAAAAGGCCUCAUAAACUUACAGGCACUGUAUGGCACCAUUCCUCAGAUAUAUGGGAAAGGAGAGUGUGCUCGACAUGUUGCCAACAUGAUGUUGCGAAUGAAGCGGGAGUUUGCCGGCAGUCAGAAUCAGAUCCUUCCAGUGUUCGAUACUCUGCUCCUCCUGGACCGUAAUGUUGACCUGCUCACCCCUCUGGCCACACAGCUCACCUACGAAGGUCUCAUUGACGAGAUCUAUGGGAUAACUAGCGGUUAUGUGAAGUUGCCUCCUGAGAAGUUUGCGCAGAAAAAGCAAGGUGAAGCGAGUAAAGACUUACCCACAGAGCCCAAGAAGUUACAGCUCAACUCGGCAGAGGAACUGUACGCAGAAAUACGGGACAAAAACUUCAACGCUGUCGGAGCAGCGCUCAGCAAGAAGGCCAAAAUAAUUUCAGCAGCCUUUGAGGGGCGCCACAAUGCGAAAACAGUGGGAGAAAUAAAGCAGUUUGUGUCUCAGUUGCCCCACAUGCAGGCAGCUCGGAGCUCGCUGGCCAACCACACUUCCAUAGCAGAGCUGAUCAAGGAUCUCACCACAUCUGAGGCAUUCUUUGAUAAUCUAACAGUGGAGCAGGAGUUUAUGACUGGAGUCGAAACAGACAAGGUGAACACAUAUAUCGAAGACUGCAUCGCCCAAAAGGAGCCACUGAUCAAGAUACUGCGUCUGAUGUGUAUGCAGUCCGUCUGCAACAACGGCCUCAAGCAGAAGGUGUUCGACUACUAUAAGAGGGAGAUUCUCCAGACUUAUGGUUAUGAACACAUCCUGACACUGAACAACCUAGAGAAGACAAGUCUGUUGAAACCACAGACGAGCUCAAGGAAUAACUACCCCACCAUAAGAAAAACCCUCAAACUGUGGCUGGAGGACGCCAAUGAACAGAAUCCCAACGACAUCUCCUAUGUGUACAGUGGCUAUGCUCCACUCAGCGUUCGACUGACCCAGGUCUUGGCCAGGCCCGGCUGGCGUAGCAUCGAAGAGGUGCUGAAGAUGCUUCCGGGCCCACACUUUGAGGAGAGACAGCAGCUGCCCGCCGGCCUUCACAAGAAGCGUCAGCAGGGGGAGAACCGGACAACGCUGGUGUUCUUCCUCGGUGGAGUGACGUAUGCAGAAAUAGCCGCUCUUCGUUUCCUCUCUCAAAUGGAAGACAGUGGGAUGGAGUAUAUUAUAGCCACCACAAAACUCCUAAAUGGUACAACUUGGAUCAAAUCUCUCAUGGACCGGCCGGAAUCCCAGAUUUCCUGAGUCACCUGCAUGUACACCUGGCCACAUCAAACAACCCCUCCAGCCAUCAGAAAAACUCAGCUGCUGUUUUUUAUGUCCAUAUCCGUGGACUGCAGAUGUUUCAUUGAUGUCUGAGCAACACCAGGCUCUGGAAAGGUGCCCUGGGGAGUUUUCUUUACUCUGUGUCACUCAUCAAAAUGUGUUGUGUAUCCUUGAACAAACCUGUUCAGUGCAUUUGAAAGUUGAUUUAUUUCAUAUUUUAAAUAGACCACUGUUACAUCCAUGUUUUCUUGCUUGUCUUUGCUGGUGCUUUGCGACGCUUUAUCCACAAAUCAGAGGAAUAGUGUAAACCUGGCACCUGCAGCUUCGUGCAUGUGCAUGAUACAAACACAAUGUUGACCCACUUGUGGAAAACAGUAAUCCGUAGUGCUUCUAGUAGUCAGUCGUUCCACACGGUACCAAGAUUAUGUUACUAUUAUUUUCUGUCCUUGAUUGGCACCAAGACAAUAUAAUAUAGAGCUGGUUUAAUGCAACUGUUUAUCAUACAUCCCUUUGUUCUCUGGCUAUGUUUCCAUGACUGAGGUCAUUGCUCUACCUUGAAGGAACUGUAAAUAUGUAUGGAUGGUUAAUCUUGUUUGGGAUGUUUGAGAUGCUGUCCCGGAUAAGAUAAUUAAAGGUGCACUUCUUCAAUGUUUGAAGGCUUUUGUAGGCAGCUUUCUGUGGCUUUUUCUGGGCUAGUAGUAGGUAAAUAAAGUAUUUACGAACUGAAA